AUGGAACUGCAUAGUCAGGACGAAAAUUGUCAGAAAAAAUUGCUUUUAACAGAUGAAACUGGACUUGGAAGUGAUAGAUUAUUCAACGAGGACAAUGAGCAUAAAUGCUGUGAUGAUAAUUCUUAUUUUACCUUUGAUAGAAAGUUUCCAAUCGAUUUUUUUAAAUUAGUUGCUAAUUCUUUUGAAAGUGACAUUCAUAUUAAAAAUKUCACGUGGUUAUUUGAUCGAUUUUUGAASAAAAUAUCYACAGAAAAUUGGAAAGAACUAGGCAGGUGGGUGCUCAUAUCAUCGACCACAUUGCUCAACUUGUCUGCCGAACAGAAAACAAAUCUGCCUCAAACUUUAACCGAAAUUACCAUUCACUGUUUGUGUGAAAUUUCCAGCGCCGACCAUCGUUGCCACUGCAAAGGAUUCGAUUUUAUGGAUAUCCCCCAAAACUUAACUCAAGGGAUUACUACAUUAUCCAUUGAAAAUGCCGGCUUGGAAGUUUUGAAAAGCGAUUCUUUGACAAGGUAUUCGGAUACGCUACACGAACUAAGCAUGGACAAUUUGGAGAAUUUUUAUCACAUCGAAACGGGAGUUUUUCGCAACUUGAAGCAACUUCAAACUUUGUACAUCUACAGAGCUCCAAAGUUGCAGAAAAUUCUGCCCGAAAUAUUUAGUGCAUAUCUGCCGAAUCUGAAAGUAAUGAGGAUUGUUUAUACUGGUCUGCAGCAUAUCCCCAAUUUGAAUGGAUUAAAUACCAGCUCCGUGCUAGACAUGGUAGAGUUGGAUCACAACAAAAUCAAAAAAAUAUCCACUCGAGAGAUUAGCAAUAUCGCCUUGAGCCAGCUGAUUUUAAGCUACAACGAGAUUGAAGUAGUGGAAGAAGAGGCUUUUGUUGGCUCGCAGAUUGCCUCAAUAGUUCUCAGAGGCAACAGAAAUCUGAAGCUAUUGCACACAACGGCUUUCCAUAACGUGCAGAAUCUUAGACUAAUUGAUCUUUCGGACACCGCUAUAACCACUUUACCAACAAUAGGCUUGCAAGACAUCGACGUUCUGAAAGUUGAAGACACUUAUUCGCUGAAAAUAUUUCCUUCGGUGUUCAAUUUCAAGUCACUUAAGAAGGCUUGGCUAACUUACCCCUAUCAUUGCUGCGCUUUUAAAUUCCCAAAGACCCACGAUCCCCACGAGUAUGAAAAGCAUCUGCAAAGUUUCAAGGCACUUCAGGAAACUUUCAAGACAAGUGUGUCAAUUAUCAGUUGGGCCUUAAAUAACACCCCAGAAUCAGUUGUCAAUUACACGGAAGAACCAGAAGUUUGGUCUGAAGGAAAUGGGAUUUUUCACGACGUUAAAAGAAUUGCAGUGCGACCUAUUUAUAGUUAUCCGCCUUUUAUGGACUUCACAGAGGUAGAGUGUUUUCCGGGACCAGAUGCCUUUAAUCCCUGCGAGGACCUUAUGCUAAACUGGGGUCUUCGAAUUCCUGUUUGGAUUAUUGCGAGUUCAGCUGUAGUCGGUAAUCUCUUCGUUUUAAUGGUAAUCAGCACUUCCCAUUUCAGGUUUACAGUCUCAAAGUUUCUUAUGUGCAAUUUGGCUGUUGCUGACUUAUGCAUCGGAGCUCAUUUGCUCCUGUUAGCGGGAAUUGAUGCUCACUCUAUAGGAUCAUAUUUCAAUUUUGCUAUCGACUGGCAAGAAGGAUAUGGAUGUAACGUGGCUGGAUUUUUGACAACAUUUGGCAAUGUUCUAUCAGUUUACACGUUGGUAGUCAUUACCAUCGAACGCUGGUGUACGAUUACCUGGGCGGCCCACUUAAACAAACGACUCAAACAGCGGACGUGCGUGAAAAUUAUGGUAAUGGGGUGGAUUUGUGCUGCGUUUAUGGCAUGUCUCCCCCUUCGAGGGAUAAGUAGCUACGCAAGAACCAGCAUUUGCCUUCCCUUGGAAUACAAGAAUACUUUCGACCUUGUUUACUUGUCCACUCUUCUGGUAAUCAAUUGUACGGCUUUCACCGUCAUUUGUAUGUGCUAUGGAAGUAUGUACAGAACUAUUCGAUCAGGUGCAAAAUCAGGAAUAGCAAACUCCGUUCGCAACGACCAAACAGUGGCGAAAAAAAUGGCCUUAUUAGUUUUCACCGAUUUUGUUUGCCUCUCACCGAUCGCUUUUUUCGGCGUGACUGCUCUAUUGGGAUAUCCACUUAUCACUGUGACCCAAACGAAAAUCAUUCUAGUGUUCAUUUAUCCACUUAAUUCAUGUGCCAAUCCUUGCCUGUAUGCAAUUUUAACACAACAAUACCGAAAGGACUUUUUCAUUCUCAUGGGCCGAAUGGGGAUGUGCAAAGAACAUGCAUAUUCGAGUCGAGGUGCCAUCAGGGGAAAGCCGCUGCCUUAUAGCGCGCAUUUUAGACGACCACACGGCGUUGUUAGAAGCAUAAGCAAGUUGAGUAAUACGAACAGAAAUUCCCUGGUUACAACUCUGACUGAUGUUAAUGGCGAUUUGCCCUUAAAUAAUCGGGGAGCCAGACUCAUCGAGAAAGGUUUCAAAAAGGAUAUUUUUAAGGAUUCUGCUAAUCUCUAGGAAGAAAAAGUCGCUCAUUUUUAAAACCUGAAUUCGCAAUUGACAUCAAAUUUAAUACGUUUUCUACCUCUAGAAAUUCAUAAAUAGUUCAUUGAUGAUAAAUGGAACAAAUGUACAGUUAGAUGCGGUUAUACAGAAGCAACUGUGGAACUGGCAUUGAUCUAUCAUUUUUUUAUUUUAUUCAAACCAAGCAACCAGUAUAUUUCUACAUUUUGCAUGUUGCAAUGUCGUUUUUAAUUGGAAUUAGCAAAAAAAAUCUAGGUAUGUAAAAUUCCUAUUUUCCAUACAGCACCACAGGCAUAUUUUCCGAUGGAUCCAGUUUCCAAUACAUUUUACGAUUAAAUAAUUUCUCAAUUGAUUCCAUUAUUCAAAUAAAUCGAAUAUAUGUUAUUCAAAUUUGGGUGAAAUUUAUCGGCGAUGAAUCAGCGAUUUGAGUGGAAUAUAUUUAGCAUUUGCCUUUUGUUAGCCACAUACAUAAUCAGAAACGAUCUGCAAGAGGGCUGUGAAGCAAAUUAUGCGAAACAUUAGAAAUAAUGGAGGCAUUAAAGCGAAAUUUACCAAAACUAAACUUGCUAACAAUGGGCGAAAGUUGAAAUUGAUAGUGAAGGCGGUUUAGUCAAUAACCUUGUGUUAUCGUGAAGGAAUUCUGAAUAAGCCACUCACUGGUUGACAAAUUAUCCCUGGUUUAAAAUUUAAAUAAAAGUGACCAUUUAAAAGUGCGAUUUUUACCUUAAACAAACAUUCCAUUUUUUGCCUUUAUUUUUGAAAAAUAUCAUGAGACUCAAUAGAUGAUGUUUUAAAAGCAAUUUUCGACAGAUUUUUUUUUAUCUAAUAGAAGGGGCAUAAUAACCCUUAACGGCAAACGAAAAUUUAAUCGAGAAGUUGAAAAAUUUAUUUCGAAAUUUGUCUUCGCUGCCAUUGCUAGCAGAAUUAAAUGGAUCUUAUAUUUUGAACGUUCUAAGUUUUUAUCCUAAGAACUACAUAAAAAAUUAAUUUUCCUUCUCCAACUUAGAAAUCAGUAAAAUUAAUUAAAAUAUAAACUUUAUGUCCAUUUCUGUCGCCUUUCAUUCCAAUUGCUUUGGAUCAAAAGCAUGUCUCAUACUAGAUCUUUCCUUGAUAUCGAAAUAUUUGUAUUUGUUGAAUCUUUUAUCCACAUCUGAAGGUCCUGCAAAUCGAGUUUUUACGCUUACACGUAGUAGUUUAGAUAAAAUGUCUCGUAUUUCAUCCUCUUUUUCGUAUCAAUAAGAGCGUAUAUCGCUCUCUCCAUUCUCAUAGAUGUUUUAAAUCAAAUUAAUUCGAUUCUGUUCAUAACUCAAAUUAUUUAAUUUGAUUUUUUCCAUCACUGGUGGCUAUUCAUCCAACUAAUUCCCAGUUUGGAAAAUAAUUGCUUUUUUCUUGUAGAACAAAAUUUUAUAUUUGAAAAAAUGGGUUUGAAUUAAAAAUGUAAGAGAAAUAAUAUUGCUAAAAUUAAUACUGUAUACACAACAGGAAGAGUCGAAAAUGCCAAGCAGAAAAAUAAAUAUCAUAUGAAAGGAUGCGAAAGCGGGGCUUUGAAUAAACUUUACGAAUAAAUAAGAAAACAAAAUUAAAUAACAGAGAAAAUUUCCUAAUCAGUAAUAAUAAUUUUUAAAUUGUUAAUGAUGUAUUGGGUGUUUAGUAAAAGUUUGUUAAUCAUACAUUCCCAUCAAAAACUUCACGACUUUUCUAUGAAAACUCAUUUAUUGAAAAAAAAAUCAGUGCCAAUGAAUGAAAUGCAAAAAUGUUUUGGAAACGAACAACAAACAAUCAAUUACCCAUAAAUAAUGUCACAUAUAAGUCGACCUUUUAUAAGGAGAACUUUUUUUGAAACCAAAUGUAAUCAAUCCUGUAUAUGCACAUUUGUGCCAAAUGUUCUUGUUUAAAUCAUUCAAUGAUUUAAGUACAAAUUAAAGUUAAGGAGAAGAGUGAGAAAUUAAUUUCCAAAAUGGACCAACUACAGUAGUGAAAUGAGAAGGGAAUAAGAAACGGCCUUAUUGUUAGUUGUAUAGUAUUAUUUGAAUAGAUUAAUAAAAAACAUCUAUUACAGCGGAUUAAUUAAUAAACGUAUAUGGACUUCAUGUGUUCUGUUUUCAUCACUUUUCCAUCUAAAAUAUUUUAGCGUAACAUAUACACUAUGUAAGGAAUAAAUGAACUAUCUUCUUAUGGCACUUUUGUUAGAAAAACUCAAACAUUUCGUUUGGGAAAAAGCAAAAUACUUUUUUGGGAAAACUAUAACAAAAUUCCUCAAAAUUAUCCUAUUCUGGAUAAAUUAAAAUAUUUUGUUACAACAAAUUCCAAAUGAGAAAAUCCAAUCAUUUCCUUACUUAAGGUACACACUGUAAAACUACGCAAUAUUUCUGAAAACCAAGCUUAGUAAAUAUUUAGGCACAACAAGAUAGCCCAAUAUUGCUCUUCACUUGGCUUAAUCGGAUAUUUAAUCGAAAGCGUCAGUUUUUGUUGAGAAAACAUCGCGCUCGCUUAUUAUAUUACCGGGUAUAAUGAAUCUAACAAUAACUUUAUUACUCGCUUCUAAUUCUUGAAAACUUUGUGAUCCAAAACAUAUAGUGUUGUUUGAUAUGUGAUCAUAUAUGGUAAUCACGCAAUUUACCAACGACCAUUAGCUCAGGAAACUAAUUUUUCAUUUAUUUUUAAGAUACCAAAUCUCCUUUAUUGACUGUAACAGGCAAUCAUAUUGUCUAGUUGUAAUAACCGAUCAAACUUUUCUGAAGUAUCCACAUAAUGGCAGCGAUUUGGUUGUUUCUGUUCAAUUUCUACUCGACUUGCACAUUCAGAAGCUAACGUAAUUUCAGUUACAAGAAUGGUGCAGUCGAAAUGGUUUCUAAAAGCUUUUUUGCUUUGUGGCGCUCAUUUUCAUUUAAUAGCUGGAUUAAUGGAUAUGCAACUAGCAAUAAAUUUCUUCAAGACACGAAGCUUACAGCACAACGUUCUUUUAACUUGCGCCAAUA